AUGGCACAAAAAGCCAAGAAAGACAGAGCAAAGGCCAAUAUCCAAGCACUAAACUACCUCCAUUGUGGGACAUUUCUUGCAAAUGCUUUGUUCUGCCUCUUCCACUUCUUGAUACGAUCAAGGAAUAUGUGGGCAUACGUACUUUUCUCACUUGCACCCUGGGUUAUUGAAUGGUUUCUUGAACAGAACAGUCGUCCCAAGUUCGAUCAAGCUGGCAAGAUGGUGUCUGCAGGAGAAGACCUUGCAGCACCCGGAUUGACAGAAUAUAUGUUUGAUAUUAUAUGGAUGCAUUGGUUGUCAUUGGUUGUUGUUGUGAUUUUUGGCAACUGGGGCUGGCUUGUCUUUUCCGUGGUGCCUAUAUAUGGACUUUACAAGGUUUUUGGUCUAUGGUCGGGAGCAAAGGGUAUGAUGGGUGGUGGUCAAAGAGCACAAGCACCCGAAGAACAAAUGCCAAUGGCAGGUAAUAGGAGACAGAAGAGACAGUAA